AUGGAUGAUAUCGAGGAUCGGUUGCGCAGCCAUGCGCAGGCAUUCGAUGGUUUGCUGUCUUUGAUCCCCGCCAAGUACUACUACGGUGAAGACACUAGUGACCAGUGGCAACGCAAGAAACAGACCAAAGAGCAGGCUCGUGAGGCAAAGCGUGCAAAGCUGGAUCCUGAAGCCGCCAAAACCGCCAAGGACAUCAUGGAUGAGAACGCCCGUAAGCGCAAGCGCAAGGAGGAUGGUACUGCUGAGAGUGAUUCUUCCGAUGGUGAAAUGGGCUCCGAAAUCCCCAGGGAGGGCCUGAACCGCGGCGAGAAGGCCAAGAAGCAAAAGCAGGUCGAGAAGCCAUCCGCCAAGUCUGAGGAAGCCGAGGCCCGCAAAAAGGAACGUGAACAGAAGAAGGCCGAGAAGAAGGCUGCUCAAAAAGAGAAGAAGAAGGCCAAGGACACUGCCCGGAAAGAAAAGUCAAAGGACGACAAGCCCAACGGCACUGCAACUGAGACUUCUAAGAAGGAUACUCCCAAGUCUAAGGGUGACGAGGAAGAGCCCGAGGCAUCAGACAACGAAGAAGCUGAUGACCUGGAAGAUGGUGUCGCCGAGGAAGGAUUUUCCAUCGAGUUUGACGCCGGACCCGAAGAACCAUCCUCAGCCUCCUCCACUCGCAACUCUCCCGACGCCUCAAACACCCAGUCGGGUAGCUCAUCUAUUUCCUCUAUUGUUCCCCCCGCUUCUAAUGAUACCAAAUCCACCGAGCCCAAGGCCCUCAAGGCCACACCAGAAGACCUCAAGCAGCGUCUACAAAAGCGCCUGGAUGAACUCCGGGCUAAGCGUCAUGCCGACGGCCUAAAUGGCAAGCCAGCUCGUAACCGUCACGAACUUAUUGAGGCCCGGCGGCAAAAGGCCGAGCAACGCAAAGCACACAAGAAGGAGCUCCGCGCCAAGGCAAAGGAGGAAGAACAACGCAAGGAUGACGAGGCUAUGGCCCGUCGCUUCUCCCCCGGCGGCUCUGGAUCUCUCCUGGCCUCCCCUCGCUCCCCUGCUGAGUCCGUUGGCUCGGCCAGCAACAACUUCUCUUUCGGCCGUGUGGUCUUCGCUGACGGCCAGCAUGGCGACGCUUCUCUGACAAACAUCCGCGAUGCGCACAAGGCUGCUGGUCCCCGAGACGCCGCCGCCCAGCUCCAAAUUGUCGAGGCGAAGAAGGCUCGUAUGGCUGAGAUGGACCCCACGAAGCGUGCCGACGUCGAAGAGAAGGACCGCUGGCUCAACGCCAAGAAGCGCGCCCACGGUGAACGAGUUCGCGACGACACAUCCCUCCUGAAGAAGGCUCUCAAGCGCAAGGAGACUGCUAAGAAGAAGUCCGCUCGUGAGUGGAACGACCGCAUCGAGACCGUCGCCAAGAUGAAGGACCAGCGCGCAACCAAGCGUGAGGAGAACCUUCGCAAGCGGAGAGAGGAGAAGGGCACCAAGGGCAAGGGCAAGAAGAAGUCCAGCGGCGGUGCCAAGAAGUCCAGACCUGGAUUUGAGGGCAGCUUCAAGUCCAAGACUGGUGGCGGCAACAAGAAGAAAUGA